AUGUUCGACGAGUGUGGCUUGGGGGUCGUAGCUAUUAGCAUAACAGCAGCGGCAGCAGCUGACACCAGAACAAUAACAAGUGAACUUGCACUUGUGUGUGCCGGAGCCGGGGCAAUAAGCCUCGAUGUGGGGCAUCUUCCAAAAUCGAUAGCGGUGAAAGUGGGCAAGGACGACCUUUGGCAGCGCGCCAGCCGCGGCCAAGGUCCGCCGCUGCGAGGAUGUCCCGGCUCCACUAUUGAUGACCUAACAUUAUGGAUAUGUCGAACUAUUCGACGCGUCUCUCGCACACACAUUACUUGCUGGAACCCGUUCAAAUACAUGCCGCACGUUACCAAUCUAAGAUUCAUGUCCCUGACAGUGUCGAACACAGCUAUAAUCACAGCGACUGAAGACAAUCGAUCGCUGCAAGAUGGCUGCAAGUGUCAGCCGCAAGCGGGUCGAGUGCUGGGGUGGACGCCUGCUCGUGCGGCCGCUAAUGAGGCUCAAGUCUCGCCCACUGCUCACUUGUAUGAUGACUUGAUCAUAUAG